CGGAUGUCGCCUGGUUAGUUUUCCCCUAACGUUAGCCUGACUUUAGCUUGUUUAGACAAGCCUGCUCUGACACCCUUCCAUACUCAAAACAGCCGGGGCCUCUCCCCUGUCUUGUUCCGUGAUUCUGCCACUGUAAUCGGCCCAAAACGGGGGGACGAGACGCCUCACUGUAUCGGACUUGCACCAGAGAGUCCUCCGCCGGCUCCGCUUUCAGUACAAACCAGGAAACUGUUUAAUUUUAAUCUUACAUGACGACUUGUUCAGGCGGCGGUUGCGGGGGAGAGCUCCUGUUUUGAGAACAGCUUUUUUUUAUUGGGGGGGGGCUUGUUUAAAGUGACGCUGUCGGCGGAAUUGAAGCCACGGGGCGCCUCGUUACCGGACUCCAACGGGCAGCAUCUUCUUCUUCAUUUUCUUCUCCUCCUCCGUAUUCUUCUUCUUCGGUGGUGUUUUCUCCGGUGAGGACGCGGAGGUCUCCGGCAGUCAUGGCUGGAGGUCGGACGGCUGUCGGGCUGCUCGUCCUGGUUUGUUUCAACUUCCACCUCUGCGCCUCCUUCAACCUGGAUGUGGACAAACCAUCCGUGUUUUCCGGACCCCAGGGGAGCUACUUCGGCUUCUCCGUGGACUUCUUUAAAUCCUCCAGCAACCUAAACUCGGACGUGCUGAUCGGAGCCCCCCGGGCCAACACCUCGUCCUCCAGCAGCGUGGUGGAGCGCGGCGCCGUCUACAGCUGCCCCUGGAGCCGCUCCUCCGCCUGCCGCCAGCUGCAGUUCGACGACACGGAUGACAGGACCAACGACAAAGGAGUUCAGAUGGAGUUUAAGUCCAAGCAGUGGUUCGGGGCUUCGGUGCGAUCCGACGGAGAACACAUUCUGGCCUGCGCUCCGCUGUACCAGUGGUCCACCUUCGGCUUUUCCGAGCGCGAGCCGGUGGGAACGUGCUUCCUGAAGAAAGGGAACACGGUGGUGGAGUACUCGCCCUGCAGAACAUCUGCCAGCUCGCCGGAGGGGCAGGGCUUCUGCCAGGCCGGCUUCAGUGCAGACUUUCUGAAGAACAGUAAAAGAGUGGUGCUGGGAGGACCCGGAAGCUUCUACUGGCAGGGCCAGCUGAUCUCCGACACCUUCUCCGAGAUUUUGACCCGCUACGACAAAAAGUUCAUAAACCCCUACAGCGCCACGCUCACCACCAAGUCGGCCGGCGCCAACUACGACGACAGCUACCUGGGCUACUCGGUGACAGUCGGGGACUUCAAUGACGACGGGACAGAAGAUUAUGUGACUGGGGUACCGAGAGGAGACAAGGCACUGGGAUAUGUGAACAUCUUCAAUGGUCUCAACAUGGAAUCCAUGAUUAACUUCACAGGCUCUCAGAUGGCGGCCUACUUUGGACACUCAGUCGCUGCGGCUGAUCUUAACAAUGACGGAUUGGUGGAUCUUUUGGUCGGAGCUCCCCUUUUCAUGGACAGAGGCUCAGAUGGAAAACUGAGGGAGGUGGGACAGGUGUUUGUGUACCUGAGUCGAGGUGGAUUUUCCUUCCACCCGCCUCAGCUGCUGACGGGCUCGGAAGUGUACGCCAGGUACGGCUCCUCCAUCGCACUGCUGGGAGACCUGGACAGAGACGGAUACAGCGAUGUGGCCAUCUCUGCUCCCUAUGGAGGCCCUGACCGCAGGGGCUUGGUCUACAUCCAUAAUGGCCGCCCUCGGGGUCCCGACCCAACGCCUUCCCAGGUCCUUGAGGGAAAAUGGGCGUCCAGCACCAUGCCCCUCAGCUUUGGCUACUCGAUGAAAGGAAAUACAGACAUAGACCAGAACGGAUACCCAGAUUUAAUAGUUGGGAUGUUUGGAGCAGACAAAGCCGCUUUAUACAGAGCCCGUCCUGUAAUCAGUGUGAACGCCACAUUAGACAUAACGCCUCAAAUAAUCAACCCAGAGGAGAAGACCUGCACCAUUCCCGGUACCAGCACCACUGUGUCAUGUUUUAAGGUCAAGUACUGUCUGUCUGCCAUGGGUCACGGGGCUCCGAGCUCUCUGAAUUUCCGCGUGGACCUCAUGCUGGACCGUCUGAAACAGAAGGAGACGACUAAACGUGCACUCUUCCUGUACAGUCGGACCUUCCAGUACUCAAAGAACAUGACGGUGACCAACAACAGACGGCCAGCCUGCGAGGAGCAGAACGUCUUCCUGAGGGAUGACAGAGAGUUCCGGGAUAAGAUCACUCCCAUCUCCGUGGUGAUGGAGUACAGCCUGGACUACCAGCUGGCUGCGGACAAGACCGGCCUGCUGCCCGUCCUCGACAUGAUGGCGCCGCCCAAUGUCACCAAGCAGGCUCACAUCCUGUUGGACUGCGGAGACGACAACAUCUGCAAGCCCGACCUCAGGCUGUCCGUGAAGAGCGACCGGGACCAGAUCUACAUCGGCGACGACAAUGCCCUGACCCUGGAGGUGACGGCUGAGAACGCGGGGGAGGGGGCCUACGAGGCCGAGCUCCACGUCUACCCCCCCCAGCAGGCCGACUUCACCGGGGUGGUCCGCAGUCAGACCCUGUCCAGGCUGUCCUGUGCUUACAAGAAGGAGAACCAGACCAAGAUGGUGGUGUGUGACCUGGGAAACCCCAUGAAGGGAGGAACCAAGAUCCUGGCUGAGUUGAGGUUCAGCGUGCACCAGCUUUCAGAAGAGGACACGUCGGUCAAAUUUGACCUGCAGAUAGUCAGGUGCGUUCGGUCCGUCUCCUUCCAGAACCAGGUCGGGGAUGUAGCAGAUGGCUCCAACCAGUUUGAGAACAGCAGUCCUCUGGUCAGCAGCGUCACCAAACUGGCCGUCCUCGCCAAAGUCUCCAUCAGAGGAUCCGUGUCUCCCAGCCAGGUGCUGCUUCCUAUCGCCAAAUGGAAACCCAUAGAGACUCCUGUGGUCGGGGACGACAUCGGGCCAGCGAUAGUUCACGUCUACGAGCUGCUGAACAGUGGGCCCAGUACCAUCAGCAAGGCCUCGCUGGAGGUGGAGUGGCCGUACCGCUAUAAGAACGACUCUCUGCUCUACAUCAUCAACUUCAAGACGGAGGGGCCCAUCAACUGCACCACCGACAUCGAGAUCAACCCGCUCAACGUCACCAACCCAGUUACGAGCAAGAACGUCACCACCGUGGCUCCCCCCAGAGACCAAGAGACCGGGGGCCGAAACCGCAACCACGUCCACAAGCGGGACCUGGAGUCCAGGGACGCGCAGAAUGAGCUGCAGACCCUGGAAUGCACCAGCGACUGCAUGCGGCUCAAGUGUCAAGUCGGCCGUCUGGAGAGAAACAAGAACGCCAUCCUCUUCAUCAACUCCCGCCUGGCCGUCAACACGUUCCUGAAGGCUGACAACCAGAAUCGUUCGUAUGUGAUUCGUUCUCCGGCCUCCUUCAGUGUCAUCGAGAUGCCUUACAAGAAACUGGAAUUGGAGUUGCCUUCAAACAGUACCUCUGUGAGUCUGCCCGUGAUCUGGGUGGCCGACACCCCCCAGCCGGUGCCGGGCUGGGUGGUGGCCCUGGCUGUGCUGGCGGGCCUGCUGCUGCUGGCGCUGCUCAUCUUCAUCAUGUACAAGGUGAGCCGGCCGUCCGCCGCCAUCUUGUUUUGUCGUGGUCGCCUUUCCUCGGAAAAACAACUGAAUGCCUCCGCUCAUCUAUUCUCCUCCUGCUCCAAACAGUUGGGCUUCUUCAAGAGGGUGCGCCCCCCGAAGGAGGACUGCAUCGAGAAGGAGCAGCUGCAGCCGGAGGAGAACGGCAACACCGACGCCUAG